UCUCCCGAAUUCAGGAAUGGAGCGCGUGGCUGCUGGCGGGGCGUCUCUGAUCGAGCUACCGUGACUGGGUCUAAAGAUUCCAAUUCCAGAGAGAGAGCACCAACCAUGACACCUGGCAAGGAAAGGGAGGCACUAUAUGAAGAUACCUCUGGGGAUGGUGUUAGCACCAUUUAUAGCAACCCAGUGACGCCACAGGUUUCAGACUCUGCAGAUGAAUUUACCACCUACUUUGAUCAGAAAGUACCUAUUCCAGAAGAUGAAAAGCACCCAUGGUUCAGUUUUCGAAAACUGUGGGCCUUCACUGGGCCAGGUUUUCUGAUGAGCAUUGCCUACCUGGAUCCAGGUAACAUUGAAUCAGAUCUGCAAUCUGGGGCUGUUGCAGGAUUUAAGCUGCUCUGGGUUCUCUUGUUGGCUACUGUCAUUGGUUUGCUCUUACAGCGUCUGGCAGCAAGGCUGGGUGUGGUAACAGGACUUCAUCUGGCAGAAGUAUGCAAUCGACAAUACCCCAAGGUUCCUCGACUUAUCUUGUGGCUGAUGGUGGAGCUGGCUAUCAUUGGAUCUGAUAUGCAGGAAGUCAUUGGCUCAGCAAUUGCCAUUAACCUCUUGUCUGUUGGGAGGAUCCCUUUGUGGGGGGGAGUGCUCAUAACAAUAGCUGAUACCUUUGUGUUUCUCUUCCUGGACAAGUAUGGCUUGAGGAAACUGGAAGCACUUUUUGGCUUCCUCAUUACUGUUAUGGCCAUCACAUUUGGAUAUGAGUAUAUAACCGUAAAACCAGACCAGGGCCAGCUGCUGAAAGGGAUGUUUAUUCCUUAUUGUGAGGGCUGUGGGCCUGCCCAGCUAGAGCAAGCUGUUGGGAUCGUAGGUGCUGUCAUCAUGCCUCACAACAUGUACCUGCAUUCUGCUUUGGUCAAGUCUCGACAGGUGAAUCGGGCCAAAAAGAAGGAAGUUACUGAGGCCAACAAGUAUUUUUUCAUUGAGUCCUGCAUUGCCCUCUUUGUCUCUUUCAUCAUCAAUGUCUUUGUUGUCUCAGUCUUUGCGGAAGCUUUUUACAGAAAGACAAACCAAGAAGUGCAUGACAUCUGUGCAAAUAAAAGCUUUGCUCAAGCUGUGCUAUUUCAAUCAGAUAACGGCACCCUGGAUGUGGAUAUCUAUAAAGGGGGAGUAAUUCUAGGUUGCUACUUUGGCCCUGCUGCUCUCUACAUCUGGGCAAUUGGCAUUCUUGCUGCAGGACAGAGUUCAACGAUGACAGGAACUUAUUCUGGGCAGUUUGUUAUGGAGGGAUUCCUCAACCUGAAGUGGUCGCGGUUUGCUCGCGUGGUGCUAACCCGCUCCAUUGCCAUCACUCCAACUCUUCUGGUUGCCAUUUUCAAAGAUGUGGAACAUCUGACUGGCAUGAAUGACUUCCUCAAUGUUCUCAUGAGUUUACAGCUACCUUUUGCUCUAAUCCCAGUGCUCACGUUCACUAGUCUGCGUCCAGUGAUGAAUGACUUUGCCAAUGGCCUGGGCUGGAAAAUUGCUGGGGGAAUUCUCAUCGUGAUCAUCUGCGGCAUUAACAUGUACUUUGUGGUGAUCUAUGUAACUGCCUUAGGACAGAUAGUGUUGUAUGUAUGUGCUUCCAUUAUCAGCAUUCUCUACUUAGCCUUCGUGGCAUACCUGAGUUGGCAGUGCUUAAUUGCUCUUGGGGUUUCCUUCCUGGCGUGUGGGCACACGUAUCACCUGGGACUGACUUCUCAUCCUGAACUCUUUCUUCUGCACAAUGUUGAUGCUGCCUCAAUCAUGAAUAGAUGAAAUCCUCUGAGCCACCAUCAACUGAGCGUAACUUUAUUUGAAACACCCUUCUGUGCUGCACAAAACCAAAUUUUGAUUGGUUCUGAAACGAGUGGGUACAAGUCAAGAAUUGUCAAUGGAGACUGAGCUUUCCUUUGCAAGCAGCAGCAGCAGGGAAGGGAGUCAGAUUGUGAAGAGUCAUCUGCUACACUGGAAAACAGACCUCUUUAGAGGUUGUACGUGAAGUCUACUAUGAAGGAUAUUAAAGGACUAUUGACAAAGUUAUAGCACACCUUGCAUCGCGAGUGAGAAAAAUGGUUCUGACUAAUGGACAGGCACCAGCAAAAUGCAGGAGGCAACAGAAGGAUGAAGAGCUAUGAAUGAAAUAAGGGUGCUGAACUGGAUACCUUUUCCUUUUUUUUGCACAAUUUCUCAAUUCAUUAAGUUACAGGGAAAGUGGCUGGGAGAGAAGUUUUACACUGGAGAGAGUUGCAAAUAAAGGGAGAGUUUGGUACCCUCUUCCCACUUUUUCACUCAAAAAUCCUAACUGCUUUAUGGCUAUGAAUGAGUACAUAUUUGUAAGUAAAAAUUCUGACAGGGAGACACUUACUUGAUGCAAAAUGCCAUUAAUCUGCUUUAGAGGGAUUCACAAUUCUCUCCCAUCCUUCAAUUUCUGGAAUACUGAUGGGACGGUGUUCUAGAAAUUAAGCAAUAUCCUGCACUUAAUGCAAAUGGAAAAUUGAAAAUAACUUUCUGAAACUCUGAAUGGACAUAAUCCACCAGGGAGAGUAUCUGUAUGAGCCCUGAUUACACACUUCAGUUUUGGAUGAUGGUAUAGAAGACAUUGAAAUAAAGAUGAACGAAUAGAAGGUGGAAUAAGAGCACACCUCCCCAUCCUUGAAGUUUAGACAGAAGAAGUUUUUGAUAGAUUUCCCAGCUAUGUCCCACCCUAUUCCAAUGCUUGUUCCUAAGUGUUUCAUUCCCUCUUUCUUUCAUAUGGCAUAGUCCUGUGCCUUGAAUCCAUGGAAGGCAUGUGCACAUACAACCUUUUGGUUCCCUGAAGAUGUCUGCUUUCAUUUGAUCAUUGUGCUUUUUUGUUGUUGUUUUUCUUCCAUGCAAGCCUAACUCAAUCUGGAGCUAGACUAAAAAGCAGAGUAUUUGCUUUGGUGUGGUUAGUCUGCAGAUUGCUUAGAGUGAAAUCAUUCUGAAUUGUCAUUGUUUUCCUAACUAGGCCAUUGAUCCUUCCCUCCAGAAAUGGAUGGGAGCUGUAUGACCAUGGAAUCGAAGGGAAAACAGUGAUAACCGUACAUUUUGACUAAGGACAAAUAAACCCAACUGCCAUGGUUUUCUCUCAAGAAAGUUGAGUAGUGUGAAGAAGACCAUAGAGAAAGGUAAAUCCCAAGGAAGUCCUCUGUAGAGCCCUUUCUUAAUCUCUGGUGGAAAACUCCAGCCGGGUGAUGGCCCCACAACUGUGGCUGUUCCACUAACAAUGUAAGGGCAUGCCACGUGGGUCAGGAAAGCUUUGGGUUCAUUGGUGUCCCCGACCUUCAAAGAAGAUGACCACCAAGAAGGAAUAGAAGCAAUGUAUCCAAUAGUGGUUCUCCCCCAUCCCAACUUCUUGAAGAUUACUCAGCCUGGCAACUUUCAUUCCUGAGCUUGAGUUAACCAUGAGACCCAAAAAAGGUUUGCUCAGAGCUUCUAUAUCCUGAAGACUCUUGCUCUCAUCACUGAUUUUAAUCUGCUCUGCUCUUUCUGGCUUGUGCUAGCAUUCUAGUGAUGCCUCAGGUUCUGGAUAAAGUGUUUGAAACUGUGAUCAUUCAAGUACAAUGAAAGUUGCAAGCACAUUUUUAUAGUUGGAGAGGCAGAACUGGGAGGCAUUUCUUUGAUACAGAUUGUGCCCAAUCUGGUUUACAUAGUCCACCAUGGUAUCAAGUUAGGAAACAAUAUAGUCCUAAACAGGUUACUCAGAAAUGUUGCCUGAAUGUGCAUGGGAUUGCAACCUGGUACUCUCUAAGCUUUCUUAGAAAGCUUGUUCAAUGCAGAAUUAAGACUGGAGGAAUUCCAGCACAGACUGCCCACUCAGUCCUUGUGGUGCAAGAAUAUCAGCUUUUUCUUUGAAGUAGCUUUCUAGCCCUUUUGACAUGGGAUAGCUUUUAAAAAAAUUGAAAGCCACAUGUGAUAAAAGUUUUUUCCUUAAUUUGAAAUCCCAUCCUUUGCAUUUGAUCUUUCACUUCCCAUUUCCUCUCCUUUUCUUUGGUUGUCCAUGUUCUUUUCUAUUCAUACAGCAGCCUCCAAGUCCAUAGUCCAUUUCCAUUUUCCUACAAUCCAGUUCCAGAAUAAAAAGACAGUUUUUAAGAUAGCAUGGGGGUUGCUUACUCCACAUCAAACAAGUUUCGUGUCUUCUGUCUCACAUCUGGAGAUAGAAGAUAUUGUAGCAUCUUGCAUUGUAAAAUGCACAAUACUAUGAUACAAACUGUUCCAACUUGCAUUGUUUAAUCUGCUGCUUAAGUUUAUUACAUGUAGGGAAGCUCCUUUUCUGCUUUUGAUAAUUUGCCUCUUCUUUUACCCAAAUAAUGUUCAUGCUAUAAGAGAUGGUGAUGGUUGUGUAAUGCACCAGCUUCUUCAUGUACACGUGGCCUACCUCCUCCCACCUCAUGCUUCUCCUUAACCAUCAUUGGUGGCAUACCUAGAGUUUAGCAUGACCAUGUUUAUUUGUUGGUUUCAGAUUCUGUUGUUAAUGAGACUGCCUUGCAGGGAUUCAACAUUUGCAAAUGCACCCUCUAUAGUUCAGGCCUUCGAAUGCUCUUUAAUUUCCAGACCUUUAUGAGAGGAUAUACUUAUAUGCAAAAAUGAAAUAGACACACCCAGUGUUGAACUUUGAUUUCUGAAAUCCCCCCCCCAAAAAAUUCAAGUUUCCAAUUCUGAUGUUCAGAAAUAAAUAUGGCAAUAUUGGUAGGAAACCAAUAUUGGUUUCCUACCAAUAUUCAUUGAUACAGCAGCUGCUUUAGUUGGCCAAGGUACAUCCUGCCUCCAUAUAUUGGAGUUAUCUGGAUGUGCUCUUUGACUUUGGAAAAUCUAAUGUUGAUACAGCUCUUAAAGUUAUGCCAACAACAGACCCCCCUUUUUUAACCACAACAGUGAAUUGUCCUUUUACAAACAGCCUGUGUGUGCAAUUUGGGGCACAUUUGUCUUGUUCAGCAAUAAAAUGGGACUGACUUGGUUCUUGCAAGGUUAUUGCCAAGACUUUGCUUUCUGCCUCAGACUGAAGAGCAUAAGUGCAUUAAAAAUCACAUGAUAUUCACAUGCUGAAACGGUUCUGAGUUUCUCACUAGACCUGGAUGCACCAGGUAUGUUUGAACUCAAUAUGUUGGUGCUACCAGAACAAUCGCAUAGCAGUGAAAAUGAUUCAAGAUGCUCUAAAUAUUUGUAACUGGGCAAUAAAAAACUUCAGCUUGUUAAAAAAAAAUUAAAGUUUGAUGUUACAAAACCCA